CUUGCCACCAUUGCCCUAAUACAUCGGCUCCCACAGUCUCCUCACUCUUCUUCAUCGAUGCCUUGAAUCUGUCCGACUUCUCACAUACACUCCUUCUGCGAGCAUCCAUCUCCGACCUCCCUCAUACGCCGGCAGCUAUCUCGUCUGGCACCGCCGCGGCUCUCCUCCGCAUCUGAACGGUAAGAAAGAUCACUUUGAACUUCGAUUUUGUUGUGUUGUCAAUUUCUGCAUCCGAACAGUGAGAAACAUCAAGGUGUUGUUUCGAUUUUAUGCCUAUCACUUUUAGCUUCAAUUUUCUUUGUUAUGAACUUAAAUUUUCUGCUUAUGACUCUAUUAACAUCGAUUUUCCCUAAAUUCGAAAUUAAAACUCUUGUAUAUAUCUGAAAUGUUUUAUGCUAGGAAAUCUUGCUAUUAGGGAAUAUGAAAUCUUAUGUUGUUUCCGAAACGUGUUGAAUCUUUUAUAGCUUCUGAAAUGCUAAUGCAAAGUAUUAUGCUGUUGAAUCUUUUACUGAAAGGUUUCAUAUCGUCAAGUUUAGGGAACUGUAAAGCUAACUGUCGAUCAAAGUAUAGAAACUUUCAGCUGCAGUUUUGUUCUGUAAUUUUAUUUUCAAUUAAACUAUAAAGAUGAUAGAGAUACUUGAACGCAAGAAUUUUUUAAACUUCAUUCUUUUUCUGUAUUUCUUUUUCCUUUUUUCCCCUUUCGUGUUUUGAUUCCUUGCAAGCUGCCAUUUAGUAUACUGCCACAUAAUGUUUGCUUUCUACAUUUGAUGGUGGUGUUGGUGGUGGAGAGGAAGGGGGAGAUCUCGUGGAGUUUUCCAACAUGGAUGGGCGAGAGAAGGAAAGAGAUGAAGCCUUGAUGUCUCAAUGCAGGAAUAGUUGUGAGUUUGAAUGUAAAAGAUGAUCACACUGGAUUUUGCUGGAAAAGAGAUUGGUCGGAAUCGUGAAGUAGAUUGGUCGGAGAAGAAGAGGACGACAACAGUUUGGUCGGAGAAGAAGAGAAGGGGACUACGGAGUACAUCAGUAAACCACAAUCACUCUCUAUUAUCGGAUCAAAAUAACUCCUCAAAGCUUCUACGAUCAAAUCUCAUACUAGCAGGAUUGGUGGAAUCUUGAUAUCUCAGUUGUUGUAGCUAUGGCAUUACACGUAGAUCACAAGGCCACCAUCAUUGAUGGAAAAGCAAUCGCACAAACAAUUCGUUCUGAAAUCGCCUCUGAAGUCAGUACCUUGAUUGAGAAAUAUGGCAAGGCUCCAGGACUUGCUGUGGUGAUUGUGGGGCAUAGAAAAGACUCUCAAAGUUAUGUAAGUAUGAAAAGAAAAGCAUGUUGUGAGGUUGGAAUCAAGUCUAUUGACAUAGACCUUCCCGAACAAGUACCUGAAGCUGAAUUAAUCGCAAAGGUCCAUGAGUUAAAUGCAGAUCCAAACGUACAUGGGAUAUUGGUUCAGCUUCCUUUGCCAAAACACAUAAAUGAAGAAAAAGUGUUAACAGAAAUCAGCAUUGACAAGGAUGUGGAUGGGUUUCACCCUCUCAACAUUGGGAAACUUGCUAUGAAAGGAAGAGAACCCCUUUUUCUUCCUUGCACCCCAAAGGGAUGUAUAGAGCUUCUGAAACGCAGUGGAAUUAGCAUAAAGGGAAAACGUGCAGUUGUUGUUGGUAGAAGCAACAUUGUUGGGUUACCAGUUUCACUACUUCUAUUGAAGGAAGAUGCAACAGUUACUGUUGUUCAUUCGCGUACAGAGGAUCCAGAAAGUAUGAUCCGUGAGGCGGAUAUUGUUAUUGCUGCAGCUGGACAACCCAUGAUGAUAAAGGGUAGCUGGAUAAAAAGUGGUGCUGCGGUUAUUGAUGUGGGGACGAAUGCGGUGGAUGAUGCUAGCAGAAAAUCAGGAUAUAGGCUUGUGGGUGAUGUUGACUUUGACCAAGCAUGUAAAGUUGCGGGAUGGGUUACGCCUGUUCCAGGGGGUGUGGGGCCCAUGACUGUGGCCAUGCUGCUUAAAAACACUUUGGAUGGUGCUAAGCGGGUGAUUGGGCAGUAAACUAAACUAACCCAUUUGAUUUCAACUUGUUUCGGUUUUUGUUACAAGAGAUCUUGCAUAUCAUGUAUGGUGUUGUAGCUCAUUUUGUAUUUUGUUUUGAAUCAUAUUGUGAGUGUAUAAUUAUGAGUAUUGUCCAUUUUUAUUUUACAAUGGGUUAGGCUUUUUGAUUAUAAUGGAAUCUAAAGCAAGUCACAUGUUUUAUAAAUAUGAUUCGAGUUGAGCCCAAG